AUGACCUCAGACAUCGCUUGGCCUCCUGUAUCGCCUCACGCUGCGCUCAUGAGCUCUCCAAGCGGCCGGAAGAAGUAUGAUACUUACAAAAGCGGCACAUCCCCGAUGAAACGGUCAGCAACCACCCCUAGCCUCGUGGACAGACUGCGAGCGGCACGCACGAACAACGACUUCAGGUCUGAAAGUGGAAGCGCAGAGGACGAGGAACAAGAUGAAGAUGAGGAGACACUACGGCUCCAGUUAGCUGCGAUUGAAGCGAAGUUGAAGUUGAAGAAAUUACAACAGAGCAAAGCCAGGGCAGCAACUCCUGCCAGAGACCUGGACCGCCCGGAGUCUGCGCAUCAACCAUCUGCUUCACAAGUUGAGGUGAAAGCUUCUCCAAGCAAACGAAUCCAAGCGCCGCCGGCAAAGUCGCCCACCAGAGUUCUCCUAGGGAUCGACAAGGGUGUCCGGGGCGCGGACGUGUCGCUACGCAGAGCCAAUACUACCAACAAUGGUCAUCGCUCGAUGAGAACGAACAGUUCACUUCCUGGCAAUGACAGACCACACUCCCGAUCUUCGGCGUUCAACUCGGCGAGAUCAGCUACCUCGUCCAGGUCUACCUUGCAGAGCGAGCCCAGAAAGACAUUCAGCGAGCGAAUGACAGAAGUACGCCAGCGGGAGACGACCAUUGAACAACGUCGCGCUGCAAUAAUCCAAAAUCGCAGUAGAGGAUUUGCCCUCGAUCAAACAGAAAUCGACCAGUACAGAUCGGCCGCAGAGGAGAGACGCAAGCAAGAAGCUUCGAAGUCACCUGCCAGACAAUAUUUCGAAUACAGUCGUAAUGAAGUCCUCCAGGCCACUUCGGAAGCAAAUGCUGGCAGUCGGCAACUUAAGAAGAGCCGAACCAUGCCAAAUCUCAGAACAUCACCCUCUAGGGACAAUACACAGCCCGAUAUCCACACGGGAGACGCUGCUCUUUACGAGGGCUUCUCAGGACUACACUUGUCAUCACGAAUCCUGCCGCACUCGUUCCUGAAACGCACCCUUCCCACCGAACAGUAUACCAUCCUACGUGUCCCGGACCUUCUCAAGGUCGUCAAGUCUCCAGCAUAUGAGUUGCCAGAGUCUAUAUGUGACUUUGUUGUUUUUGCGGUGAUUGCUUCCAAAUCGUCCCCCAUGGACCACAAGACCCCUAAUUCCGACAGUGGCACGGUUGGGACCAAGGACUGGGAACGCCAGUGGGAAGACGGCUCGCGCAAUCACCGCCGCUUCAUGGCUUUGACUCUCACCGAUUUGCAGUGGACCAUUGACUUGUACCUAUUCAGCACUGCUCUCCCUCGCUACCACCGGCUCACACCUGGUACUGUCGUGGCAAUCCUCAACCCGUGUAUUCUCCCACCUAAACCAGGAAAAGCUGACACGGUUGCAUUUUCUCUAUCCCUGGCCGAUGAUUCUGAUACCAUCUUGGAAAUUGGCACAGCUCGAGACCUGGGAUAUUGCAAAACUCUUAAAAAGGACGGGAAAGAAUGUGGAAGCUGGGUAAACGCAGCGAAGACAGAGAUAUGCGAAUGGCAUCUCAACGCGGAAAUCAGUAGGACGAAAGCGAAAAGAAUGGGUGUCAACACUGGCACGAAUGGUUUCGGGGAGUGGAAGAAUCGACCCAAGAGUCGGGAUGAAAAUAGCGGGAAAGGAGCCUCGCUAAAACGCGACGGAAGACGAUAUGACAGAAUGACAGAAAGUCACUACUACGUCGCAAGCACGGGACCCAAAGGUAGCGGGCAUACUCAUCGCGCAGGCUUUGGCCCACAUCUUGUGGACAACGACGAUCCCUUUUUGCCCGGUCAAGACGGUCAACUUUCCCGGCCCAGUGAUCGCGACAGCCGCGUGAGGAAGCGCCUCGCUGCGCAAGCGAAAGAACGCGAGAUCGCGGAGAAACUCGGUUCGAGAGAGCACGGCGGGUUUGGUUUCGAGAGUGCCGGUGCAGAGUACAUGCGGCAGAAGGCGAGGGCGAGGUACGACGAUCCAACGAGAGAAAAGCGGGAUACAAAGACGCCGGCCGUGGGCGAGACGGAUACCCGGCGCUCAGGUCCCAUUUCAGGAAGUAUCUUGACAAGCACGAGCACCACGACAAAUGAAAACAGGAAGCGCACCGCCGCAGAUGUGCGUCUCUCGCCCGUCAAGAAAACGCGCUUCGUCACCGAAAAGGGCAUUCGAGAGGCAGGCAGAGAUUCUCUGGGGGCCGUGGGUGGUCAAAGCUCUGGUAUCGGCGUUGGCAUCGAGAGUGAAAGCGAGGAUGAAUUGGAAAUCGUUUGA